AUGGGUGGGGGUGGAGAAAGAGAUGGCGGGGACCACCGAUGGGGUGUGGUGUGGUGUGGUGGUGGUGGUGGCUCACAUUGGGGAUAUCAGGGGAUUGUGGGACCCAUAUCUUUUGGAUGGGCCCUACAUCUCGGUGGGACCGACGUUGAGGGAGUUUUUUUGGUCUGUUUUGGAAGCAUCCGGUUGCUGCCACUAUAA